AUGAUUUUUCCUCCUUGCAUGUCCAGGAUUAUGGAAAAAGAGUGGUAAGCUGCUGUUUCUUGGUCUUGAUAAUGCUGGUAAGACAACCUUAUUACAUAUGUUAAAAGAUGAUCGAAUGGCUCAACAUGUGCCUACAUUACAUCCUACAUCAGAAGAAUUAUCCAUAGGAAAUAUGAGAUUUACAACAUUUGAUUUAGGAGGGCAUCAUCAAGCGAGAAGAGUUUGGAGAGAUUAUUUUCCAGCUGUUGAUGCUAUAGUAUUCUUAAUAGAUGCAUGUGACAGAGAAAGAUUUCCAGAGUCGAAAGUUGAAUUAGAUAGUCUACUAACAGAUGAGCAGUUGGCUAAUUGUCCAGUUCUGAUACUUGGAAAUAAAAUUGAUAGACCUGGUGCAGCUAGUGAAGAUGAGCUAAGAGGUUAUUUUGGUUUAUAUGGACAAACAACAGGAAAGGGAAAACUUCCAAGAUCAGAAUUACCUGGUCGCCCACUAGAAUUAUUUAUGUGCAGUGUUUUGAAGAGACAAGGUUAUGGCGAAGGAUUCAGGUGGCUUGCCCAAUAUAUAUGAUGAUUUAAAACUAAAUCUAUAGAUUACCCACCAUCAAUAACUAUUCAGUAAAUCCAUUCUUGUUUUAUAAGACUAUAAUUAUAUAUAGUAUUAUGAUGCAAAGGAAUCUUUUCUCGAGACUUCCAUUAUUUCUGCAUAUUUUGAUUUUUUUUUGUUUUUCCUUAAAAAUCAAUUUGUAUUCUCAGGAUUUUCUUCAAAAAAUGACAAUACUCUAAUGAAAAUGAACUUUGUUUUUCUUUAAAAAAAAUUGUAAACUCAAAUUUUAAAACAAUUAAUAUGCAUGUUUAUUAUUUUUCUGCACAAUAAGUCCAAUUUAACAAGCUUUUGUUGCAUGUGGAAUGUUCUCUUUGCAUCAGUUUGGCUGUAACAAAAACUUGGAGAGAUGAUGAUAAAAUUAUUUAUAGGGGGAAAUAAAUAUUUGUAUAAUCUUGUUUUUUCUGUUUUGUGCAUGCCAAUUUAUUUACAUUUGUGUUAAUGUUACCAAAGCAAAUAACACUGUACAUAGGACAUUUUCCCUUCUGGGCAAAAAUUUUUCCAUAAUAAAUUUUGUUUUAUAAAGUGA